UUUCUUUAUACUAGGAUGGCGAAUCGUCCAAGAUCUAUGUAUCGUAUCAUUUGCAGUCAUGCCGUUUCUAUCGUUUGCCCGUGUACUGGAGUUGAGACGACAGCUGGAAGGAACCAGGGCAGAGGUCGUUUGUCUCGGGUCCGACGAUUAUGCGGCGAGCAUUCGCCGAUGGAGUGACACUUGCGAGAAGGAUGCUGGCGCUAUUGUCAGGGUAACGACUACAUCGGAAGUAUCCGAAGUUGUCCGCUUCUGCCGAAAACACCACAUUGACUAUGUGGUCGAGGCGGGCGGGCAUUCUACAACCGGGUCUUCCUCGUCUCACGGGGGCGUCGUGAUCAGCAUGGCCAGUAUGCACAAAGUCUUGACAGACCCUGCCUCCAAGACGGUGUGCGUUCAGGGUGGCGCUACCUGGGAUGCUGUCAACCACUCAACUGUUCCCUACGGGCUUGCUGUGGUGGGUGCCACCGCCAGUCACAUCGGGGUAGGCGGGUCAACCUUGGGAGGUGGCUAUGGAUGGCUAACCGGGCAGCAUGGGCUUAUCAUAGACCAGCUGCUGAGUGUUAAGAUGGUCAUCUCCGAUGGCAGCAUCGUCGAGGCGUCGGAAGAGAGCAAUCGGGAUCUAUUCUGGGCCAUCCGUGGCGCAGGGCAAGCCUUUGGCAUCGCGACUGAGUUUGUGUUUCGCGCUCACAAGGUUCCUGCCACCGUUUUCGGGGGGCUGAUGUACUUUGAUGUGGACAAAUUGCCAACGAUUAUCGAGUUUGCCAAUCGGUUCGAUGAGCAACAGGAUCCGAACAGUGGGUUCUUUUUUGGAUUCACGACUUGGCGACCAGCCGGCCAGACCGUGGUCUUGACCAUGCUCUUUUAUAACGGAACUCAUUCCGAAGCUGCAGCAUUCUUUGCACCUAUUUUAUCACAACCGUCUCUGGUCAACCGCGCUGGCAUGAUGUCUUACUCGGAGUUGAAUGCCAUGGCGAAUGUCGAUCCAGUGCCAGAAGGCCGAAAAAGUAUCGGUGGCACGAACAUCAUGCCACCAUUCAACACAAGCCUAGUACGAGAGCUUUGGGAUCAGUUUGACCACGCCAUGAAAGCAUACCCACGCAUGGAAGAUAGCGUGUUAGUCUUUGAGAUGCUGCCAUACUCCAAGGUUGUCCAGGUGCCUGUUGAGGAGACCGCAUGCGCCAACCGAGGCCCGUAUUACAACGUUGGUUGGGUAUUAUGCUGGCAUGAUCCCGACCUUGACGCGAAAAUGCAUGCUCUUCAGCGACAUAUGGUAUCCAAGAUUCAGGAGGCGCAACAAGGCAGUACUGACGAGCAUGUCGCGGCGCAUGCGAAUUUUGCUGGACACGAGAUAAGCGCCCAAAGUCUGUUUGGGGAUAAUCUGCCCCGGCUCCAGGAGAUCAAAAGGAAGUAUGAUCCGCAGAAUGUGUUUCGUAAGUGGCAUGACCUGGUUCCCCAAACGAGAUCCUUGUAGAAUGAAUGUGCCUGUAUGAAAUGAG